AUGGAAGAAGAUGCUAAAAACUUUGUGAGGAGAUGCCAGUCCUGUCAGAAGUUUGGGAAUUUGGUACAUGCACCGGCAGUUGAGCUGCGCAACAUCAAGACUCCUUAUCCAUUCCAUACUUGGCCAUUUGACUUGGUAGGUCCUAUCGCGCAGCAGCCUAGAGGAUACAGAUGGAUACUUGCAGCAACCGAAGUUAGUACCACGUGGGUAGAGGCUAUACCAAUGAGGAAGGUAGAUGGGGUAGGAGUAGCCAACUUCAUCAAAGAGAACAUAAUCUGCAGGUUUGGCAUACCCAAAGUGAUGUUGUUUGACAAUGGAACUCCUUUUGUAAAUCGCCAUGUGGGAAGAUUGUUGGAUACCUACCAAAUUAAGCAUCACAAGUCUAGUCCAUACUAUCCCCAAGGGAACGAACAAUCUGAGGUGACCAACAAAACCUUCAUCUGA